AUGUUCUACUCAGAAGCUUUGCUGCAGAAGAGCGGCCCGCUCGCUCGAGUAUGGCUGUCGGCCAAUCUUGAGAAGCGCCUCUCCAAGACACACAUCCUUCAGUCCAACCUCCAGGACAGUGUUGAGGCCAUCAUCAUGCCGUCGCAGGCACCCAUGGCUCUACGCCUCAGUGGUCAGCUUUUGCUUGGUGUCGUCAGGAUCUACAGCCGGAAAGCCCGGUACCUCCUCGACGACUGCAAUGAAGCUUCUAUGAAGAUUAAAAUGGCAUUCCGCUCCAGUGACAACCACGACAUUCCAGAGGGCACCUUGCACAUCACCAACCGCGAAGCGCUGAUGCUUCCCGAUAAGAUCACGCCUCACGACAACCUCGAGCUGCCCCCUGCACCUGACGCCACCUGGCUGCUCUCGCAACUCGGCGACGAUGUUAUAGCGCAGCCCAUGGGCCGCAAAGGACGCGCCAGCAACCGCGAUAUCAACUUGCAGGAGGAUUUCAACAACAGCCAAUUCCUCCAGGACUCCACGCCAAUGGACAUCGACCUGGUCAUGGGCGAUGGCGACAUGAUUGAGCUGGACCUUGACUUUGGCGAUGGGGACGACGACCUUACCAGGAUAGAGAAGAGCAUUGAAAUGGGUCGUGACGCGCCAGAUGCGCGACCAGCAGAGGACGACGUGUUCAGCGAACUGGAUGUGACAGCCCGUCAGAAGGACCUACCGGGCCGCGAGGAGUCGCUGGCCCUUGACUUCGGUGAUGGAGAGCCACGUAUUGCCGACAAUGACGGUGACAUAACCAUGGGCAUGGAUGAUGCCGACUUCCACUUCAACGACGUCGAUCACUCCGAGCUUCCCGCUCCUUUAGCUCAACCGGACAUCAACCGUGCGCGCAUCUCUGAGUCGCCCCUCUCCGACAUUGACGAGGACAUCACUGCGAGACUGAACGAGGAAGUCUCUCAAUGGCAGAACGCGGACCUCUACGAGCCAACCGAAGAACAAGAUCAGUCUCUGGUGCGUCACACGCAAAGGGCGAGGAAGAGAAAGGUGCUGGUUCCAGACGACCAGACCAUGCUUUCCAGCAAUGCUAUCAAGGAACAGCAGGCGAAUCGCGACAACAUCCUGAAGCCCCAGUCCUUCUUGCCAAGGGAUCCCUUCGUUCUGGCCCUGGUUGACAUGCAGAAGAGCGGUGGGUUCGUCUCCAACAUCUUGCUCGACGGUCGUAGUGCGGCCUGGGCUCCUGAACUGCGAGGCCUGCUGUCUUUCGGACCUGGACGCGCGCCAGAGCUCAAGAGGAAACGCGACAGCGGGAUUGCUGAUAUGGAGAGCGACAAUGACAACGCUGCAUCCAAGUCUCCGCGCCUAGAAAUCGGCGAGGACGACGAUUUUGCUGUUGGCGAUGCUGGUCUCAACAGAUCUAGCAUCGUGGCCGAUGACGGCACGGUCCUCGAGAUUGCUGCCGAUGACGACGACAUGGGCCUCCAGAUGGGUGAUGAUGAUGGCCAGACCGGCGAGAUUGAGGGUAACACGAUACCCGCUUUCGACGACACUGUCGCCCCCAUCGUCCACCCUCAGGACAGCGGGCCUGUGUCGCUCGGCACCAAGCAUGCCGUACACAUUCUUCGCGACCUCUUCGGCGCCGACGCUGAGAACGACGACGAGAAGCGCAGCAAGACGUCCGUUGUCUUCCAGGAUCUCCUCCCCGAGAAGCGCACCACCAAAGCCGACGCGACCAAGAUGUUCUUCGAGUGCCUCGUGCUCGCAACGAAGGAUGCCAUCAAGGUCGAGCAGGGCGACGCCCUCGGCGCUCCCAUUCGUGUCCGCGGCAAGCGUGGCCUCUGGGGCGCGUGGGCUGAGCGCGAGGCUGGUGGCGAAAUCGCCGAGGAGGAGCAAGUUGCCGACGAGGCUGAGCAGCGUGAGCCAUCACCAGCCGCCGUCAGCGCACAGGCCGUUGCCGUUGGUGCGUGA